UUGAUAUUUGUUUUAGGUUUUUGAGUAUUUUCCAUCUUCUUUGAAUAUAUUUUAUCAGAAAAUGACAAUUAAAUGUAUUAUUUAUUCGCUGAAAUUAAUUACGAUGUGUGUUACAAUUGUCGUGUGAAGCUUUGAUCUUUCUAUAGACACUGCAGUGUACUCUCAACGUAAAAUCCUAUGCUCAUCGGCUUGCAACAAGUUUUCAGUGUAUUAUUUGAUAAUAAAAGACACCGUGAUGGUUUAUCAUUCAAAGAAAUCUUCUGCCGAAUGGUUUAUUGAUCAACUGAACGUGAGCAAUGCGAAGCUAUUGGCGUUUGUGUUAGUGUUAGGGUUUAUCGGCUACCACGGCAUUUUACAUUUACGAUAUGGGCCAGACUCAUGCACCUGGCUGCUAUCCUCAGGCCGAUAUAAAGGUGACCAUGAAUGGCAGCCUUACGGUUGCAUGUUACAUCGCUACUCUAAAAUAGAUGCAAGAAGAUGUCUCCGCUACCUGGCUUUCUGGGGCAAAUACAACAGUUUUGCGUUCAUCGGAGACUCCCGGAUAGCACAGCUCUAUGAGCAUUUCAUAGGCGUUUUAAAAACUCGUCUGGAGCCAGACCCGUCAUACUCACUAGAGCAUCAUUCGCCGAACAAUACUUACACAGACGACAAGCUGCGUUUGUCGGUACGUUUAGUAUGGAGUCACGAUGUUUCGAGGACUAUGGUUGAACAGUUUCGAGCCUGGGAGCGUGAGGACGAACCCCCCUCAGUAAUAGUGGCCGGCACUGGCCUCCAACUUCUCCUAACCAGAAACGCCACAACCGCCGUCAUAGAGGAAUACAAACGCAACCUUACGCUCUUGGUGCAAGCUAUAGACUCGCUUGCACAUAAGAACACUAAGGUCCUUUGGAAGUUGAUCGAGUCAGUCGACAGUUCGAAGCUCAAGAAUGAGUUUAAGAAGAUCAGUAAUAGUGAUAUUGAUGAGUACAACAGGGCUGCUAUUGAGAUCUUAACCCACAGCGCGGCGCGCAUCUGGAGCUCCCCGCGCCUAGUCGCGCUCGGCGCCACGUCCAGCGACGGCUGGGCGCUGAGCACGAGAGCCCUGCGCCACGACGCGCAGAUAUUGUUCAACAUGUUCUGUAAUGACCACAUGAACUUCAACGAUGGCUCCUGCUGUGCCAUGCCGGAGCCACACACGCAACUACAGUUGCUCACUUUUGCCAUGUUUCUUGUGUGCGGCGUCCUAGCCGGUAUAAAAGCAACUUGGCGCUGGUCUCAAACCCUGCAACAGCGGCUCGGCGGCUACUCACUAGUCUGCCCGCCCCCCACCACGCCCUCCCCUCUAACCGCGCUCGCCAAACUGGGCAUGAUUAUGGCGUACUUCUAUCUGUGUGAUAGAACCAACUUCUUUAUGAAAGAGAAUAAAUAUUAUUCGGAGUGGAGCUUCUGGUUGCCGGUCGGAUAUGUGUUCGCGCUUGGGCUGUUUUUUACUGAUGAUUCCAUAUCUACGAGGGUCCUACACAGAGAGCAGACCAACGAAUGGAAGGGCUGGAUGCAACUAGUGAUCCUUGUGUACCAGGUUACAGGAGCGAGCAAAGUACUGCCUAUCUACAUGUUGGUGCGGGCACUAGUUUCUGCGUACUUGUUCCUUACAGGCUACGGCCAUUUCACGUACACAUGGAAGACAGGCGACACGAGCCUCGUGCGAUAUUUCCGCGUGAUCUUCCGGCUGAACUUCCUGACUGUGGUCCUUUGCCUGACGAUGAACAGGCCUUACCAGUUCUACAGCUUCAUACCGCUCGUCUCCUUCUGGUAUACUUUGAUGUUCGUGAUCUUCGCCCUCCCCCCCGACAUCGCCCCCUCCUCAACCCACACCGUGGAGACAAAACCCUACCAGUACCUCUACAUAGCGCUCAAGGUCAUUGGCCUCCUGAGCAUAGUGACUGUUCUAUACAUGAGCGAGUUCUUCUUCCAAAAGAUAUUUGUGACGAGACCUUGGAAAGCGCUGUUUGUGAACUCUGAUGAUGAUAUACAUCAGUGGUGGCUACGGUGGAAGCAGGAUAGAUACUCCAUGACGUAUGGCAUAAUCUUCGCCGUGGCGUAUCUGGUGGCGCAGCGGUACAACCUACUCGAUGACAACAACCACAGCAACUUGUUCACUCCGGGUGUCUCAUUGACAGCGACCCUGCUAGCCUUCAUCGGCAUCGGCAGCUACGUAACCUACACCUUCUUCUGCACCAACAUUUUCGACUGCAACGAGAUCCAUUCCUACGUCGCUUUCCUCCCUAUAGUCUCCUACAUUCUUCUAAGAAACGUCUCCGGCGCCCUACGGACCCGGCACUCCAGUCUCUUCGCCUGGUUUGGAACGAUAACUCUAGAACUAUUCGCUAGUCAAUCCCACAUAUGGCUAGCUGCUGACACUCAUGGUGUCCUGGUACUAGUUCCCAGCGCACUUUUAAAUCUAAUCAUAACUUCGUAUAUUUUCAUUUGCGCGGCGCAUGAGAUACAUAGACUGACUGGGAUUAUUCUGCCGUAUGCUGUCCCGGAUGAUUGGAAACUUGUUUUAAGGAAUUUUGCUAUAUUUCUAGCGAUUCUAGUCCCUAUAGGUAUACAUGAUGGUAUGUUUUAGAUUAUAAUAUAGAAAUGAUGGGUGGAUCGACUAUUUUUUUGUUAUUCUGUCACGUUGUCUGUACAAGUACUUAAAAUACAAUAUUGUAUAUUAAGUACGAAAUAAAGCAUCAGAUCAUUAUAACGAAAACAUGGGCAGUAGUUAAUUUUAAAUUCAAUUUACAUGUCGGGUAAAAAAUAUACAUAUAAGGAAAGUAAAUUAGUUGAUGAUAGAGACACAGAGAGACUCAACUCGAUUUCAUAUAAAUUCCAUAUUAGCAAACUGUUCA